UGAACCCUCACUGUUAAUGCUAAAGGGUUACAGCUAAGGAAAGGAUAAAUGGGAGAGAAGAACAGGACAUCCUCACCACCAUCGUCUUAGCAUCAAAGACCCUCUUUUUUCUUCUUCCAAAUUCUGUUCUUGUAAUUUUGUUACAAUCCAACCAUGGCUUCCACUAGCAAUUCUAAGAGACCCUUUUGUUCUUCUUCUUCUUCUAAUUUUAAAUGGAGGUACGAUGUGUUCUUGAGUUUCAGAGGGGAGGAUACCCGCAAGAACUUUAUUAGUCAUCUCUACUUGGCUUUGGAUAAUGCCAACAUCAAAACCUUUAAAGAUGAUGAAGAACUUCGAAAGGGAGAAGAGAUUGCACCCGAGCUCCUAAAAGCUAUUGAAGAAUCAAGGAUCGCCAUUAUCGUCUUCUCGAAAACCUAUGCUCAUUCCAAGUGGUGCUUGGAUGAACUCGUCAAGAUCAUGGAGUGCAAGGAAGAAAAGGGACAAAUAGUUUUACCUAUUUUCUAUCAUGUACAGCCGUGUGAAGUCAGGAACCAGUAUGGGACUUAUGGAGAAGAAUUUAAGAAACACGAGAGCAAAGCGGACAAGGAGAAGAAGAAGAAAAUAGAGAAGUGGAGGACUGCCUUAAGGAAAGCCGGUGAUUUGAGUGGAUUUAAUCUGAAGGAUAGAUCUGAGGCAAAGUUUAUUGAAGAAAUCAUUGGUGAGAUUCGAAGAUUAAUUCCUAAGUGGGUACAUGUUGGUGAGAACAUUGUUGGAAUGGAUGAAAAGUUGAAAGAAGUGAAGUUAUUGAUAGAUGCCCGAUCAAAUAAAGUGAGUAUGGUUGGGAUUUAUGGGACUGGUGGGAUUGGUAAAACUACCAUUGCCAAGGUUGUUUACAAUGAUAUGUUAGAUCAAUUUAAACGUCACAGCUUUCUUGAAAAUGUGAGAGAGAAAUCUAAAGAUGAUCGUGGUUUGCUUGAAUUACAAAAAAAACUUCUUUGUGAUAUCCUAAUGAAGAAAGAUCUGAAGUUGAGUAAUAUUGGUGAAGGAAUACAAACGAUAAAGAGUAAGUGUUGCUCUGAAAAGGUUCUUAUUGUUCUUGAUGAUGUAGAUCGUGAAGGACAAUUAAAAUUCUUAGCUCCUAACUCUGAUUGUUUUCAUCAAGGAAGCAUAAUCAUUGUGACCACGAGAAAUAAGCGUUGCCUAGAUGUAUAUGACUCGUAUUCAUCAUAUGAGGCUAAGGGAUUAGCACAUGAGCAAGCUAAGGAACUCUUUUGUUUGAAUGCCUUUCCAAAACACCAUCCAAAAGACAAUUAUGUGGACCUCUCUAAUCGUAUACUGGAUUAUGCUAAAGGCCUUCCAUUGGCUCUUGUAGUUUUGGGUUCUUCUCUCCUUGAAAGGGAUGUGGAUGAAUGGGAAAGCACAUUGGAUGAACUCAAAACAAUCCCUCCCGAGGAUAUUCUAAAGGUACUCCAGAUAAGUUAUGAUGGACUAAGUGAUGAACGCAAGAAGUUGUUUCUUUAUAUUGCAUGCUUCUUCAAAGAUGAGGAUGAAAAAAUGGCAACAAGAAUACUAGAAAGUUGCAAAUUACAUCCCGCUAUUGGACUAAGAGUUCUUCAUGAGAGGUGUCUUAUUUCUAUAGAGGACAACACUAUAAGGAUGCAUGACUUGUUACAAGAAAUGGGUUGGGCAAUUGUUUGCAAUGAUCCAGAACGUCCAAGAAAAUGGAGCAGAUUGUGCGAAUUACAGGAUAUUGAAAAUGUAUUACCACAAAAUGAGUGGACAAAAAACAUUGAGGGGAUUUUCACAAGGCAAUCUCGCCAUACAGGAAAACAUAUACAACUUACUACUGAAGUUUUCAGAAAUAUGAAUCAACUUAGAUUGCUCAAAGUCGAAGUCAAAUUCAAUCAGAUCGUGCAGCUUUCCCAAGACUUUGAAUUGCCUUGUCAUGAUUUAGUAUAUUUUCAUUGGGAUCGCUACCCUUUGGAAUCUUUGCCAUCAAAUUUUGAUGCAGACAAUCUUGUUGAACUCAACCUCCGGUUCAGCAAAAUAAAACAUUUUUGGGAAGGAAAUAUGCCUGCUAAAAAGUUAAAAGUCAUUGAUCUUAGUGAUUCCGACGAUCUGGUUGACAUUUCAAGCAUCUCAAGUAUGCCAAAUUUGGAGAUUCUAAUUCUAGAAGGGUGCUUAAGACUCACGAGUCUUCCAAGGAACCUUCAUAUGCUGGAAUGCCUUCAAACACUCUCUUGUUGUGGCUGUUCAAACUUAGAGAGUUUUCCGGAGAUCGAGGAAGAAAUGAGAAGUCUAAGAAAGCUUAAUUUAAGUGCAACAGGUAUAACGAAAUUACCAUCAUCAAUUAGGCAUCUAAAUGGGCUUGAAGACUUGUACUUAAGUUAUUGCAAAAACCUUUCGACUCUUCCGGACAGUAUUAGUAGUUUGAGCUCUCUUCAAGCUCUCAAUCUAUCUCUGUGUUCAAAACUGAAGAGUCUUCCAAGGAACCUUCAUAAGCUGAAAUGCCUUCAAACACUCUCUUGUGAUUACUGUUCAAACUUAGAGAGUUUUCCGGAGAUCGAGGAAGAAAUGAGAAGUCUAAGAAAGCUUAAUUUAAGUUAUACAGGUAUAACGGAAUUACCAUCAUCAAUUAGGCAUCUAAAUGGGCUUGAACACUUGGACUUAAGUAGUUGCAAUAACCUUUUGAGUCUUCCGGACAGUAUUAGUAGUUUGAGCUCUCUUCGAACUCUUUCGCUGAAAUUUUGUUCAAAACUGAAGGACUUUGCAUAUAUCAAUAUUGGAAGUCUAAAAGCUCUUAAAUUUUUUGAUUUGUCAUGGUGUGAGAACCUUGAGAGUCUUCCGAACAGUAUUGGUAGUUUGAGCUCUCUUCAAACUCUUUUAUUGAGAAGGUGUUCAAAACUGAAGAGCUUUCCAGAUAUCAAUAUUGGAAGUCUAAAAGCUCUUGAAUCACUAGAUUUCUUCGGGUGCAGAAACCUUGAGAGUCUUCCGGAGAGCAUUUACAAUUUGAGCUCUCUCAAAACUUUGCAGAUUAACGGUUGUCCAAAACUCAAGGAAAUGUUAGAGAUAAAACUAGCGGUUUGUUCAAGAACCUGGCAAUUUGCACCUCUAACCUGUCACAUUUCAAAUUCAGCAAUAAUCUGGGAUUAUGGCAGGCAUAACUACUUUUCCUUAUUAGAAGCAUUAGACCCACGGUGCCCCCUGUCAUCCUCACUGGAAGAAUUAUCUGUAAGAAAGUUUUUUGGCAUGGAAGAACACAUCCUCAGUGGCAGUUUCCACCUAUCCUCAUUGCAAAUAUUAUCUCUAGGGAGCUUCCCUAGAGUAGUAGAAGGAUUCCUCGAUGACAUUUUCCAUCUAUCUUCAUUGGUAGAAUUAUAUCUUACUAAAUGCAAGCCAAAGGAAGAAGGAAUCCCCAGUGAUAUUUGGAACCUAUCUCCACUGCAAAAAUUAUCUCCACGUGACUGCAAUCUAAUGGAAGGAAAGAUCCUCAAGCAUAUUUGCCAUCUAACAUCCUUGGAAGUAUUACAUCUGGGUUGGAACCAUUUUAGUAGCAUACCUGCUGGCCGCAGUCGACUUUCCAAUCUAAAAGCCCUUGACUUGAGUGACUGCAAGAACCUUCUACAACUUCCAGAGCUUCCAUCAAGUCUACGAGUUUUAGAUGCGCACUGUUCGGAUGGUAUUUCAUCAAGCCCCUCGCUUCUACCUAUUCAUUCUAUGGUCAAUUGCUUCAAAUCAGAAAUUGAGGACCGCAAGGUUAUUAAUCAUUAUUCUUACUUCUCGGGCAAUGGAAUUGGUAUUUUUAUUCCUAGAAGUAGUGGAAUUCUAGAGUGGAUAACGUAUCGGAAUAUGGGAAGGGAUGAAGUAACAAUAGAGCUCCCUCCGAAUUGGUAUGAAAAUGAUGACUUGUGGGGAUUUGCUUUAUGCUGUGUUUAUGUUGCACCUGCCUAUGAAUCUCAGUAUGAAUCAGGUCUUAUAUCUGAGGAUGACAGUGAACUUGAAGAUGAAGAACCAGUGUUCUGUUGUGAAUUGACAAUCGAAGGAAAUAAUCAACUAGAAAACGUGGGUUUUUUCUCUUUUUUUUCUCCCUGUGUUCCAAGUGAUGUAUCAGAUAUGCAGUGGGUGAUAUGUUAUCCCAAGUUAGCUAUUAAGAAAAGUUAUCACACCAAUCAAUGGACACACUUCAAGGCUUCAUUUGGUGGUGCCCAAGUGGAAGAGUGCGGAAUCCGUCUUGUAUACAGAAAAGAUUAUGAACAGAAGCAUCCAACAAUGGCACAAGGCAGUACUUCUCAUGGGAAUUUUGGUGAGCAUGGAUCAGUAAGAGAAGAUACUGAUAGUAAAGCUCACAAUAAAAGGAAUCCCACAGAACAGAGCCCAAGAGAGGAGUCACACCAUAAAAGAUCCAGAGAAACCCAAGACUGAUCCCAAGUAUUAGGCUCAACCACACUUGCAUCACUAAUGCUCUCUUUACUGCUCUGGUGCUUUCAAUGACUGACAAUAGUUGAAACUAUGUUGAAUGCUUGUACUAAGGGAAUGGACUUCAGCUGCUCUAGGGUUAGUGCUAUAACAUCAGUAUUCACUCUUCAAGAAUGUAUAUAGUUGUUGUUUUGGAAUUUUGAAAUUACUUAGCAUCAGACAAUUUCUAACUCGGGAUUUGGAUUGGGAACAUAAGUUAUCAUUAGAGAGUGUAUGAGAAGGAAUUUUAGAGUAAGAUGGGUGAUGCAUGUUGAGGGAUGAAAGAGGGAUGUAUCUCACCCUAGAGUUCUUUGGAAUAAUUAUAGGAUUUUGUAAGUAACUUUGGACUUAUUUGCAAUGUUCUGGAUUUGUGAAUAAUUUAUAGAAUACAUUGGGUUUUCUUUUUUUUUUUUUUUUUGGUCCGUUAAAAACUUCAACUUUGAGAGUGAAUAACGUAUGACUGUACUCUUCUCUAUCUCUCUGGUCAUAGCACACGUAUGAUUUGGUACUUUUUUGCAGGCCUUCAACAGCAGCAAAGCAUCUGGUGGCUUGCAGUACUAAUCUUACAUUAUAUUCUCUGUUUUGCAAUCAUUUGGUACUUUUUGUCCCAACCAAGGAUAGCUCUGUGCAAGCAGUCUCGACUGUGGAACAAGUAAAACAAAUGGUACCUGCUGAAGCUGAGAGGGCAGAUGAUAAAUUGGUGCGGAAGGUGGUCAACUAAAAGAAUCAGACAGCAAAAACUAAAAAUCCCAUGAAGCCUGCUACUAAAUUGGUGAGAUAGAAGUGACUGAAGAAAAGGAGCAUGAGCAAACAAAGAAGGAAGAGGAGUUGGCCAGGAAGGUAGAGGAAUUGAGAAGUGAAGAAGAAGCAGCCAAGUUGAAGGACCAAAGUCUGUUGGAGGAGAAAGCCAACGUUAAGGAGGCACUGGAAAGGAAACAAGGAACUGCAAAAAAGGCCAAUUUCUCUGUGAGUGCCGCCACCUUUUCAUGAUACAGCCAUAAUAAUGGAUGUUAAAAGCAGUCUAACUCUACAUGGCGUUUAUUUUCCCCAGCCAUAGAUUGGAAUCUGCCAGUCUAACUCUCAUAAGAAAGAAAAUUUUCCAUCCUCCUAUAGAUUAGUGGAGAAGAUUUUAACA